AGCGGAUAAGAAAUGUUACUCCCUCAGGAUUUGGAAGUCAUCAAGUCAACAAACAUGCCUUUCUUAAUGAUUUUAUUCUGUGCGGUUAUUGUGAUCUUCUAUCUCUUCAAGUUGUCGCUACGUCCACCUCAUUUCCCACCAGGCCCCAGAGGAUUGCCACUGCUGGGCUAUUCGCCAUUAAUGCCCACAAAGGACCCGUUCUUUAAAACCAUGCAAAAGUUGGCUAAGACGUACGGACCCGUGACUGGAUUUUAUUUGGGACCCACCCAGCCGUUUAUCUCCGUUGUCGGGGCACAGGCUGUUAGAGAAGCCUUGCAAAAUGGCGAUCUCAGCGGCAGACCUUCUGGUGCAAUAUUGUUAAGUAGAACAUUUGGGGAGAGACUAGGCCUAUCGUUUGUGGAAGGCGAUUUUUGGCAAGAACAGCGGAGAUUCACGCUACGCCAUUUACGUGAUCUCGGUUUCGGAAAAACCUCAAUCGAGGAUCAGAUGAUGGGCGAGAUCACCGAUUUAAUUUCUGAAAUCACCGCAACGGCAAAAUCGAAUCGUGAUCACGUUGUAGAUUUCAAAUCCAUUUUCUCAGUAUCGGUGAUUAACAUCCUGUGGGCGAUUAUUGGAGGGAAAAGAUUUCAACGUGAUGACCCAAAGUUCAAGAAACUAUUGGACAACAUCGAUCAAUUUUUACAAAGUGGCAAUGUUCUGCAAGCGAAUUUACCUGUUCCUGCCAUCUUAGUUCGUCUUUUCCCUUCUCUACCGGGAUGGCUUGGAAUCAAUACCCAAUUGUUCGUUCCUAUACAAAAAUUCAUUGAGGAAACUAUCGACGAACAUAUUUCCACCAGAUCGAAUGGAGAUGCUGCUCGCGAUUAUAUUGAUGUCUACUUGGAUGAAAUGGAGAGGCAGUUGAAGACUAAUGAAUCAACCACUUUCAGCAAGAAGCAGCUUAUAAGUAUAAUCCAAGACCUUUUCGGUGCGGGAUUCCAUACAUCUUCAAGUUCCAUUGGAUUUGCGGUUCUUUAUAUGAUUCAUUAUCCAACAAUCCAACAGCAGAUGCGUGACGAACUGGACGAUAUUUGUGGCGAUUCUCUGCCGUCACUAGCACAUCGAUCACGACUGCCCUAUACUGAAGCCGUUUUAAUGGAAGUCAUGAGGAUAGCUACCAUUGCCCCGGCGGGAGUCCCUCACUGUGCCAUGAAAGAAACACAACUUCAAGGUUUCACCAUUCCAAAAGGAAGCAUCCUUGCCAUCAAUCUCGACUCGGCUUCCAACGAUGCAACUGCAUGGAAAGACCCAGAGAAUUUCCGACCUGAACGUCAUUUGGAUGAAAAUGGAAAGGUGAUUAAAAACGAAAAUCUCAUUCCUUUUGGCCUAGGGAGACGGGUUUGUUUGGGCGAACCAUUGGCUCGGAAUACAAUAUUUCUUUUCGUGGCUUGUCUCGUGAAAACAUUUGCGUUCAAAUCUGUCCCCAACGAACCGCUUCCGACGUUGGAACCCAAUGCCGCAAUUUUAUUGAGUCCGAAACCGUUUUUCGCCACCGCAAUUCCACGAGUCUAUUCAUGUUUUGUCUAAAUUGGUCGGAGAAGUAUUCACCUACAAACCAUACCAGAAUGUCAGAUCAAGAUGCUCAUGGACGUUCACGAGGCCGGUCACGUGGUUUACGUGGAGAAUUGGAUCCGGACGAAUCCGUUCGAAGACCAAGAGAACAUGGAAUAGCCCCAUAUACAACUCACCCACCUCAUCAUGCGAGGCGAGCCGGAAGCCGCGUGAACACAUUUUAGAAGAACCCGAAAGUAAACCUUUGUAGCGCUCGGGUUCAGGAGGUCGAGCUGUGCCAAGUCGUGAAGCUCCACAUGAACAAUCUGGGGCUCCACAUGGUAGGGCAUCCUUUCAUGGAGGGGCUGCUCCUCUGGCCGGGGCUUCAAUAGUGGAGAAGGAACAACUGUUGGUGGCCGUGGAGUCAGUCGUUUUCGCGAGCAGAUGGAAGCCAUGAUUGUCACUCGACCUUCGGCCGACUUCAGUAAAUUGGGGCGAACUGACACGGAACUUCCUGUUGCAAAAUCGCGUUUACUUCGUUCCUGACGUUGACCAUAUUGGUGCCCGUAAGGCACUAAUCCGCGUAGGCCUACAUGAGGCUAAACUGGGAAAGUAUCUUUUUUUUUAUGGAACUCUCCUUUACAAUAUCACUCGCCUUCCUCAAGUAAGUUUAAGUUUUGGAGUCAUUCUGAAACUACUUAAUAGCUUUUUAUUUUAUGUUUAGCCGCUGGAGCUCUUAUCUAAACGCAUUAACUCGGAUGUUGCUAUUCAUUUACGAUUAGUCGGAGAAAUUCACAAGGAUGACGCUGCUUAUACAAUAGUAUCAUUCAACCACCUUCAUUGUGAAACAAACAGGUUGUUUGUGGACAAAUCAAUCCAGUGCUGUUCCUGCAGGAAAAUAUCACAAGUGAAAAACAAUCGUUUUUUUAUUAGAAAACAUGGCAAGUGCAACUAGAGAAUUUUAUGACAAAGAGGAACUGCCAGCCAUACCUCCUUGUUACAGCCGUUUUGAAAUUAUUAGUCUGUUAAAACAGAGAAGCAUAACACAUCAAUUAGAGAUAUUUUUGAUAUUUUUUGAGCUCGCUCUACGUUUGAAAGUUUGUUGUUAUAGUCUGUCCACUUUCACUCACUAUAUGGCCACUAUAUCCCACAACACACGUCAAGGAGUGUGGUUUAGAGAUUUCACACGUCAUGCGAAAUGGCAUUUGUCACGUUUCAACUUAAUUUAUUUCGAUAGGAUGGCUGGUUGGUCGUUGCCCAGUGGAUAGAAGGAGAAAAAUGGUUCAGUUAAAAAAAUUUAGUUAUAAGUAAAUUAUUGUCGCUAGUAUCCACUAGGAUUUGACGAUUUGCGCUGGUAGGACGAUGGAGCUGCUAUGGGAAAUGUCCACACUUCGUUCCCUAUUUAUCAUUUUUGUAACCCAAUAACUAGUAGUUUUCUAAUUUAAGCGCCAUGACAUUGAUUAAAUACGGUAAUGGCUUUUUCGUACGGCUCUAAUUGCGCGUUUCCUUUAUAGUGAAAUACCGUAGAUUUUGACUUUCUAAAACAUUAAUUUAAAAGAGAGAUAGGAAGAAAACGGGUUUUACCGUGUUUUUUGUA